AAGCGUGCGAACAGGCUUUUUCUAUCCGUCUGAUAUCGCCUUCAACCUCCUUCUGACAUGCAAAGCGGUAUAUCUCGAGACAUACCAAAAGCCGCUGCGUGUAAACCCCUUUAUCAUCACCGAACUCAGAGAACAGGUGAAGAGGCAUCUCUUACUGCCCUGGUAAGUCGCACAGAUAACGCGACUGGACAUCAAACUCCCGCAAAUGAGUCUAGAAAACGGAGCGCUAAGAAAUGCUUUGGAAGAGUGGGAAGCACAGGCUCGACAUGAAAAUUGCUACGUUGUUCCCCAGCAAGCUCUUAUCCUCCAGGAUUUUGAUGACAGGAAGACUGGAGACUACCCCAUUUCCUUUGGCAACGUCCUCAUACCCGCUGUUACAAAGACAUCCGAUAAACGACCCCAGUCCAUCGACUCUGUGCUAAGUAGCCCACCUGUCCCAGCAAUUAGUGCGCAGCCUUGUUCAUCCCGCUCGCGCGUUUGCCUUGCGGGCAAGAUAACCCAUCUUACUAUACGCCUCGCAGCUCGAGACUGGUGGACGUGGACCGACGACCCAGCAUCCACCGAUCCGCACCAAAACCUCCGUCUCGAUCCUACUUUUGGUGCACCCUUUCGUUCCCGCGGAUCAACAGGUGAAAUGCUAAUACUAGCAAGCGAUCGCAGAGUAGGUCUGAAUCUGGGUCUUAAUGUAGAGUGCUGGGGCACACACGUUACUUCUUUGUUACCUGAUCUGUGGGUCUUGGAACUGGUGCUGGAGACAUUUGAGGAGAAGAAAGAUCAAUUGGGUCGGGUUGUGGAGUGUGCGAAGACUUGGAGGUUUGAUGUGGGCAAGGAGACGCUGAGUUGGGAUGGAGAGGUUGUGGAGAAGAGCUACACGAGGGAAAUGGCAGGGUUGAGACUGCCCAGGGAUGCCCGGUGGCAUGAUCGAAGUAUGAAUUUUGAAGUUAUGGUUGUGCGGUUUGUUCGAGAGAGCAAAUAGCCUGUAAUGAAAUGGUUUGAUUGAACAAUAUACUGGUCAUGAUACAAUA